UGUUGGCCGUGCAUGUUGAGUAGUUUUAUUUUGUGAAGGGUAGGCUACCAAUGCAACAAACAUCCUUACUGAAAUACGUUACGGUGUCACUACACGAGGAUAAGCAGCCAAUGGCUUCAGUCAGGGUUUGAGAUUGGGGUUAGUAGUCAAUUACUUAAUUUUUUACAUUGCUUGUAGUACUCCUUCACAGCCACAAGGGGGCUGUUUAAAGUUGCACAUCUUGUGCUCAAAUCACAAAGUAGCAGCUGACCAUAUUACAGAUUGUACUUUGUAAAUUAGGGCUAUAGAUUAUUAGAUUAACACGUAUAUGCCAUUGGGAAACACUGGCAUCUAUCUUAAAUCUUCUUUUGCUCCUUAAACAACAUGUACAGUACACCCUUUUGGUUCCCCAGGAUUGGGGAAACACUGAUAUAUAGACUAACAUCCAGGCACCAUAAUGAGGUUUGGGGAAGAGAGACGACGAGUCUGCAUCUGUUAAGGAAAUUAAAUGGUCAAAAAAGAACAAGGGGGUGGAUUGUUGUCGGUUCAUCGGUUCUGAGUGUUUAUAGUUGUCAGAUCUAUGGGAGAUAUCAGGCCAACUCGGACUUAUGGGAGUCUGAUAUCAGGCCAACGCGGACUUAUGGGAGUCUGAUAUCAGGCCAACUCGGACUUAUGGGAGUCUGAUAUCAGGCCAACUCGGACUUAUGGGAGUCUGAUAUCAGGCCAACUCGGACUUAUGGGAGUCUGAUAUCAGGCCAACUCGGACUUAUGGGAGUCUGAUAUCAGGCCAACUCGGACUUAUGGGAGUCUGAUAUCAGGCCAACUCGGACUUAUGGGAGUCUGAUAUCAGGCCAACUCGGACUUAUGGGAGUCUGAUAUCAGGCCAACUCGGACUUAUGGGAGUCUGAUAUCAGGCCAACUCGGACUUAUGGGAGUCUGAUAUCAGGCCAACUCGGACUUAUGGGAGUCUGAUAUCAAGCCAACUCAUUGUCAUGACAAACUGACUUAGAUGACAAGAGCACAAACACAUCUUGGACCAGGCUAUAGGAGUAGACAACAGAUCUGGGACCAGGCUAUAGAAGGAGACAACAGAUCUGGGACCAGGCUAUAGAAGGAGACAACAGAUCUGGUACCAGGCUAUAGAAGGAGACAACAGAUCUGGGACCAGGCUAUGGAAGGAGACAACAGAUCUGGGACCAGGCUAUAGAAGGAGACAACAGAUCUGGUACCAGGCUAUAGAAGGAGACAACAGAUCUGGGACCAGGCUAUGGAAGGAGACAACAGAUCUGGGACCAGGCUAUAGAAGGAGACAACAGAUCUGGGACCAGGCUAUAGAAGGAGACAACAGAUCUGGGACCAGGCUAUAGAAGGAGACAACAGAUCUGGGACCAGGCUAUAGAAGGAGACAACAGAUCUGGGACCAGGCUAUAGAAGGAGACAACAGAUCUGGGACCAGGCUAUAGAAGGAGACAACAGAUCUGGGACCAGGCUAUAGAAGGAGACAACACUGGCCACACUGCUGAUUUUAAUAUUUGUUUUAUUUUUUAAUAAAUGUAACCUUUAGUUAAGUAGGCAAGUCAGUGAAGGAAAAAGUUAUUUAUAAUGACGGCCUACACCGGCCAAACCUGGACGACGCUGUGUAUGCCGCCCUAUGGGACUCCCAAUCACGUCCGGUUGUGAUACAGCCUGAAUACUGCCUGGCCAGGUUGUGAUACAGCCUGAAUACUGCCUGGCCAGGUUGUGAUACAGCCUGAAUACUGCCUGGCCAGGUUGUGAUACAGCCUGAAUACUGCCUGGCCAGGUUGUGAUACAGCCUGAAUACUGCCUGGCCAGGUUGUGAUACAGCCUGAAUACUGCCUGGCCAGGUUGUGAUACAGCCUGAAUACUGCCUGGCCAGGUUGUGAUACAGCCUGAAUACUGCCUGGCCAGGUUGUGAUACAGCCUGAAUACUGCCUGGCCAGGUUGUGAUACAGCCUGAAUACUGCCUGGCCAGGUUGUGAUACAGCCUGAAUACUGCCUGGCCAGGUUGUGAUACAGCCUGAAUACUGCCUGGCCAGGUUGUGAUACAGCCUGAAUACUGCCUGGCCAGGUUGUGAUACAGCCUGAAUACUGCCUGGCCAGGUUGUGAUACAGCCUGAAUACUGCCUGGCCAGGUUGUGAUACAGCCUGAAUACUGCCUGGCCAGGUUGUGAUACAGCCUGAAUACUGCCUGGCCAGGUUGUGAUACAGCCUGAAUACUGCCUGGCCAGGUUGUGAUACAGCCUGAAUACUGCCUGGCCAGGUUGUGAUACAGCCUGAAUACUGCCUGGCCAGGUUGUGACCACAGAAAGGUUAUGGUUUAGUCCUCCAAAUAUCUGGACAUAGAAAGUAUCAUUGGAAACUAUUUUUACUGUAUCUUGGUCUUUGCCGCUCUGACAUUGCUCGCCCAAAUAUUUAAUAAUGUUUAAUUCCAUUCCUUUACAUUAGAUUUGUGUGUGUUGUGAAAUUGUUAGAUAUUACUUGUUAGGUAUUGCUACACUGUCGGAGCAAGAAACACAAGCAUUUUGCUACACCCGCAAUAACAUCUGCUAAACACGUGUAUGUGACAAAUAAAACAUGAUUUGAUUUUGUAUUUGGGUAAGAGGUUUCAUGACAUAUUGUUUGUUGAAUGCAUAUUAUUUAAAAUGGUCUAUAAUCAAAUUUGGGUUUUGGUUUGUAUAUUGUAUUGUAACGGAUUUGUGGGAUAAGUCUAUGCUGGAUGUGGACGUCUGAUUCUCACAUUAAUAUGCGACCCAGAACUGUCAGGUCAGUGAAUAUAAAACGGCCCCUUGCGGCUAAUAGAACCCAGCUAUGUCUUUUAACUGUGUCUGAUCACAGGAUUUUCAGAUCUGCGAUACAGAUUUGGUUUCAGUUAUUGUUUAGUAUUAACUUUUUAAUACAUUUUCACCUGAAACUGUAAGUCAAUCCUUAUUCUUCAGAAUUAAAGUUGUUGUAGUCAAUUUUGAUUUGGUAGAUUUUUUUUUUUUAGUGGUCCAUUGAACCUUACAGUACUUCACGGUCCACAUCAUUUGUGUGGGGAUUGACUGUCUACGCCGUCGCUAUGAACAGGACCGUCUGCCUCUGCUUUUGUAUCCUGAUCCAAGUCGGUCUCUGUGCGGAGUCUGAGGAGAGGCUGCUGAAGUGGCUACUGAGUAGAGAGCGCUACAACAAGCUGAUACGACCGGCCAGUAACCGGUUUGAACCGGUUACCAUCAAACUGCAGGUCUCCCUGGCACAACUGAUCAGUGUGCAUGACAGGGAACAAAUUAUGAUCACCAAUGUCUGGCUAACACAGAACUGGGUUGAUUACAGGCUGUCAUGGGAGCCCUCAGACUUUGACGGGAUUGACAAGCUCCGCAUUCCCUCCCGUCAUAUAUGGCUCCCAGAUAUUGUACUGUACAACAACGCUGACGGUAUCUAUGAGGUGACGGUCUUCACCAACGCCAUCGUCCUGUCCAACGGCAGCAUCUUCUGGCUCCCUCCAGCUAUCUAUAAGAGUGCCUGCAAGAUCGAGGUCAAACACUUCCUCUUCGACCAACAGAACUGCACUCUGAAAUUCCGCUCGUGGACCUAUGACCACACUGAGGUGGAUCUGGUCCUCAGAACAGGUGUUGCCAGUAUGGACGACUUCACGCCCAGUGGAGAGUGGGACAUCUUGGCUUUACCCGGGAGACGUACUUUCUCCGGCUCAGAGCCCAUCUACGUGGAUGUGACCUAUGACUUCCUGAUCAAAAGGAAUGAAUAUAUACCGUUGUUCUACACCAUAAAUCUGAUUAUCCCCUGUGUCCUCAUCACCUCUCUGGCUGUGCUGGUCUUCUACCUGCCCUCUGACUGUGGAGAGAAGAUCAGUCUGUGUGUCUCUGUACUGUUGGCCCUCACUGUGUUCCUGUUGCUGAUAUCUAAGAUCGUACCGCCGACCUCGCUGGACGUGCCUCUGAUCGGUAAAUACCUGAUGUUCACCAUGAUUCUCGUAACCUUCUCCAUCGUCACCAGUGUGUGUGUUCUAAACGUCCAUCACCGUUCCCCCAGUACACACACCAUGGCCCCCUGGGUUAAAGUUCUGUUCCUGGUCUGGCUGCCUGCCCUGCUGUGCAUGAGGCACCCCCAGAACAACUCAGCCAGACAGCGGCUCCGUCAGAGGAGGCAGCAGUCGCUCCAGAAGACCAAGGAGGCUAGCCCAGGCAUGGAUAAACCUGAGUGGGUUGGACCUGACCCUGGCUUGGCCUCCUCUCCGUCCUCAUCUCCAUUCCUCCUAUCUACUGGGCCUUUCUACCUCAGAAAAAGGAGUGUGAGGACACCAGAGGGGUUUCUGCCCACGGAGCAACUGUCUGGUCGGCCAUGGUGUGGCAGCUCCAGCUCUGACAUCAGUCACAGUCCUGACCUACAGGAAGCUGUCAACGGGGUGCGAUACGUCGCUGACUACAUGAUUAGAGACGACGACAACAAGACUGUGAUUGAAGACUGGAAGUACGUGGCGAUGGUAUUGGAUCGGAUGUUCCUGUGGAUCUUUGCAGUAGGCUGUAUAGCCGGUACUCUUGGGAUCUUCCUCCAACCUUUCUUCCAGCAACAGACCAUCCCCAUCCGGAAUCUCAGCAGCCCCACGUCACCAAGGGACGUCAUCUUGAAGGAUUCCAUUGUUUAAAAAAAAUAUUAUCCAUGUAAACAGAUAAUGUCUAGCUUUAAAAGCGGACCGCAUGAAAUGAUCUGAAGGACUUUACUGUCAACUGGCUAAUGCCAUUACUAUUUCUUAGCUACAAUUUAUUACAAUGAUGAUGAAAUGGAUGAUCUGGGAUUCCUGCCGUCAUUAUAUGGGGGGAGUCGAUAGAGCAGUGUCUGACUGCUGUAGGCUGAGGAAGAUGCUUUGAAUUGACCGUGUUCGGUAAAGAGAUGUUUUGUGAUGAUGGAUAGACUUUAAUUAACAACACGGUAACAUUAUGCAUGUUCUCUAAACUGAAUGUCACAAACUGAGAAAAUAUAUGAAGUGUGCUGCCACCCUAUGUCAAUGUUAUGAAUUUAAAAAGAGGUCAUAAAGAAGGCUACUCAACAAAACGCUGAAUGGAUGGUUGGUUUGAACACGAGCAGGUUCUUAUUAUGAGGCGUGUUGUGAUCUCUCCACUUUUAAUCCUCUGUGCUCAAUUGCCUUGUGGUGACAAUAUUACAUCAUCCCAGGUUCAAUUUAA